AGUGGUCGUUUUCUGGUCCCUUUUCUCGGCCGUCGAUGAGCCGCGCGUCUCCCCCUUUCUCGCGUCAUAGACAAAAAGGAAAGAAGUAGUUUAUCGUCGUCGCCACCAGCUCUUACUCGUAGCCCAAGCCCAACCCCCCUCUUUUCUCCGCUCGCGAGAAGCAUCGCCGGAUAUGGCGAUCUCGUCGUCUCUGCCGCGUCUCCUCCGGCGAACCCCUUCCUCGUUGCCGCUCCGAUGGCGGCUGAGGAUGUUUCUCGCCGGGGAGCGAUCUAGGCCUUUCACCACUUGCGAGGGCUCUCGCCCUUCCAUUGUCCACAAGCGGAGUCUCGACAUCCUCCACGACCCCUGGUUCAACAAAGGCACAGCCUUCUCCAUGACCGAGCGGGACCGUCUGGAUCUUCGCGGGCUUCUUCCUCCGAAUGUUAUGACUCCGCAGCAACAGAUUGACCGAUUCAUGGUUGACUUGAAAAGACUGGAAUUGAAUGCGAGUGAUGGGCCAUCAGAUACCAAUGCAUUGGCCAAAUGGCGCAUUCUUAACAGGUUGCAUGACCGAAAUGAAACAAUGUACUACAAAGUGUUAAUUGAAAACAUCAAGGAAUAUGCGCCAAUAGUGUACACACCCACUGUUGGUCGUGUCUGCCAGAACUAUAGUGGUCUCUUUAGACGACCGCGGGGAAUGUACUUCAGUGCAGCUGAUCAUGGGGAGAUGAUGUCUAUGGUAUAUAAUUGGCCAGCUGAGCAGGUUGAUAUGAUUGUGGUAACUGAUGGAAGUCGAAUUUUGGGCCUUGGUGAUCUUGGGGUUCAGGGUAUUGGCAUCGCAAUUGGGAAGCUGGAUUUAUAUGUUGCUGCUGCUGGAAUAAAUCCUCAACGGGUUCUUCCUGUGAUGAUUGAUGUCGGAACUAACAAUGAGAAUCUGCUUCAAGACCCACUUUAUCUAGGACUUCAAGAGCAUCGUCUUGAUGGUGAAAAGUACCUGUCUGUCAUCGAUGAAUUUAUGGAGGCUGUCUUUACUCGAUGGCCACACGUCAUUGUACAGUUUGAAGAUUUUCAAAGCAAGUGGGCCUUCAAACUAUUGCAGCGUUACCGGAGUACUUAUAGAAUGUUCAAUGAUGAUGUCCAGGGAACUGCUGGGGUUGCAAUUGCUGGUCUCUUGGGAGCCGUAAGAGCCCAAGGAAGACCAAUGAUAGACUUUCCAAAGCUAAAGAUUGUUGUUGCUGGUGCUGGAAGUGCUGGAAUAGGAGUUCUCAAUGCUGCAAGGAAAACUAUGGCAAGGAUGCUGGGAAAUAAUGAAUUUGCCUUUGAAGGUGCUAGGAGCCAGUUUUGGGUGGUUGAUGCUAUGGGUCUAUUAACAGAAGGCCGCAUGAAUAUUGAUCCAGAGGCUUUACCAUUUGUUAGAAAACUCAAAGAGUCAGAACGUCAUGGUCUUCAUGAAGGGGCAAGCUUAGCUGAAGUGGUUACAAAAGUAAAGCCUGAUGUUCUACUUGGACUAUCUGCAGUUGGUGGCCUUUUCUCCAAGGAGGUUUUAGAAGCCUUAAAGGAUUCAUCCUCCACUAGACCAGCAAUUUUUGCUAUGUCCAAUCCAACACAAAACGCUGAAUGCACUCCUGAAGAAGCCUUCUCCACAGUGGGUGACCACAUUGUAUUUGCUAGUGGAAGUCCGUUUCAUGAUGUCAAUCUUGGAAAUGGUAAGAUUGGCCACUGCAACCAAGGAAAUAAUAUGUAUCUGUUUCCCGGGAUAGGCCUCGGUACACUUUUGUCUGGUGCACGUGUUAUCUCAGAUGGUAUGCUUCAGGCUGCAGCUCAAUGUUUGGCAUCAUACAUGAAAGAAGAAGAGGUUCUUAAUGGGAUAAUAUAUCCUUCGAUAUCCAGCAUAAGGGACAUAACCAAGGAAGUAGCUGCUGCUGUCGUAAGAGAAGCUGUAGCAGAGGAUCUUGCUGAAGGAUACCGUGACAUGGAUCCCCAGGAGCUUCAAAAACUCACACAGGAGGAAACUGUGGCAUAUGUCAAGAAGAACAUGUGGGAACCCCAUUAUCCAACCUUGGUUUACAAAAGAGAGUAAUCAUCACAUUAUCUGUCUCUGAAGUAUUAAAUACUAUAAUUCUCCAUUGGGACAGCAGAUCUGGGGGUUCAUUCUUUCUUUGAGAGUUGCUGCAUCACAUUUGUAAGUUUGAGGGUUUCUAUGGCUAGGAAUAUCACGUGUUAUAACUGCACUCGGGCCAAGAAUUUAGUUAUGAAAACACAGAAACGGCAUAAUCUUUUCCCUUCAAA